AUGAGCAACGGGACGUGCCGGGGAUGUCGGGAGUGCGGGGAGGGCGAGUACAAGGCCGGAGGCUGCAACGGGACGUCAGACACGACAUGUCGCAACUGCAGUGCGAUCGCUUGCGAGGACGGCAAGUACCUGGCCGGGUGCGGGAGAGGCAGCGAGGGCGAGUGCAGGGCGUGCCCGGCAGAGGCGUGCAUGGCCGGGGAGUACUUGACCGGGGCCGGGGAGUACUUGACAGGCUGCGGAGGGCGGAGCAACGGGACGUGCCGGGGAUGUCGGAAGUGCGGGGAGGGCGAGUACAAGGCCGGAGGCUGCAACGGGACGUCAGACACGACAUGUCGCAACUGCAGUGCGAUCGCUUGCGAGGACGGCAAGUACCUGGCCGGGGACGUGCCGGGGAUGUCGGGAGUGCAGGGAGGGCGAGUACAUGCCGGAGGCUGCAACGGGACGUCAGACACGACAUGUCGCAACUGUAGUCAUGUUGUUUGUGGGGCUGGACGUUACCUGCAAACUUGUGGCUUCGGGCUUAUAGAUGCUUUCUAUCGAAGUGGGUGUGGGAACGGUUCCAUGGGAGAGUGUUUAGGCUGCAAGGUUUGUUCCUCCUUCCAGUACGAGGUGUCAUCGUGCAGUCAAAGUGCAGAUCGUGUGUGCUCAGAUUGCAACCUGAGGCCAUGCAAUGUUGGUGAGUACCUUCAAGGUUGUGGCAAUGGAAGUGCAGGAACUUGUACGCAGUGUCAUCGCUGUUUGUCGAAUCAAUUCGUGACGUCAAAUUGCACCAAGUUCCAGAACACAAACUGUUCAGACUGCCGUGCUUGUUCAGGCACGCAGUACGAGUACUCUGCAUGUUCGCAAUAUUCGAAUCGAGUAUGUCACGAAUGCUCGGAGAUCCAGUGUCCUCCGGGCACUUACUUGGCUGGAUGCGGAAAUGGAAGCAAAGGCACUUGCUGGGAGUUCCCGUCUGUUGUGAGUGUGACGCCAUCUUCAGGAUGCAGUGGACGAAGUUUUGUGGCUCGAAUAGUAAUCCGCUCCCCUCAGAUUGAGGACCUUCCUAUCACUAGAGUCUCUUCGCCUUCCAUGAAUACUACGGCUCUUUCUCCGCAGUACGAUACCAGCAAGCAGAUCAUCUCAUUGGAUGUGGUGAUAGAAUCUGGUCCAAGCUUGAUGGGUGUAUACGGCAUCGACGUCAUGCUUUGCCAGCAUUCGCCUUGUGUUCGCAACACAAGCUUCCUGGUAGAAUUGAUCAGCCAGACAGCAGUGACAUUGAUUGAUUCCUUUCCUUCGUCGGGGUAUCGGUUCUCCUACACUCCAUACAUUGUGCGACUAUCAAAUGUACCUGCAGGUCUCACAGCCACUGCUGUGCGAAUAGUCAUAAGUCCAACCAACGAAUCUAUAGAUGCGUCAAGCGUGACAUACGAGGCUUCGCCGUUCUGUUCGAACUUGGCGACCAUCCAGUUUCUCCUGCCCCCGAUGUCUGCCAGUGCUGCUGUGAGGCCAACAAUCAUUGGGAGCUUGAGUCGGAGAUCGUCGACUUUCCGGUUGGAGUUACAGGAGUUUCAGUACAUUGCAGCUCCGAGCGUUGAAGUGGCUUCAAUGUUCCCCACCACAGGGGGAGUGUCGCAGCCAGUGCGGAUACAAAUCUCGAUACAAAACUUUCCCGAGACCGACGCGGCAGGCAAUGGCUGCACGGACGUGGGAGUCUUGUUUGUCAGCGCAUCUCUGACCAAUGCGACUUCUUUGUCAGGACGGCUGGAGAGUUGUCAGAGACAGAAGGCGUCUUACAUGCUCGGUCCCAUGACCGUCGAUGUGUCAUCCCCAAGCGGUGAUUCCGUGUCCCCUGGCUACGCGAAUGUCAUUGUGUAUCAUAAGAGAUACUCUACAAGCAUGGUGAACGUGAAGAACACUGAUGCAAAAGCUACUUUCGACUCAUUUCUAUUCUUCAAUGAUAGAAAAGCGAGGAUCUACUUGAUCCUGAACGAGUAUGGCGAUACUGGUGUGAAUACGAUCAGGGCCAAGGGAAGCACCACUACCAGGGUGUCUCUUUUCAUAGAGAAUAUCGAUUCAUCGGUCAUGCCUUCUGAAUACACAAUCAUGGUGGGCAAAUAUCGGUAUCGCAACAACUGCACUAGCUAUUCGGACUGCUUCCCUGUUCUGUUGGUAUCCUUGAACGCCGAAACUCGUACAGGAAUCAUCAAAUUUGAGGUGCAAGCUAAUAUGAUCGAAGGGGUUGUUUCAGCAGGGACAGUAGGAGGGAUCUUGGUGUAUGGGGUUGUAGAUUGUCCUACUUCGUGUUGUCAGCAGAUGUCAUGCGAUACCGCGUGUAGGCCGUAUGUGAGCAACUGCUUCACAGUGAGUUAUUAUGACGACAGGGAGCCCUACGUGCAAUAUGUCUCAAGCUCGCAGGGGCCGGAUACCGGAGGAAACUCGAUCGACAUUGGCAUUGCAAACUUUCCCUUGGUGACCACGAAGAAUCUGAUAAUACAGAUCGCAGGAAAGAACCAGUCGACGAGCAACUGGCUUUUGCUGAGGUCUGUGAUUGAAGUGACGGAAGUGAGAGUGUUUCCUUCGCCGUUCGAUGUAGGAUCGAAUGCGCAGCAGACAGUGGAAGUUCGCAUUCUACCGACAAGCAACCUUCUCAAAGCUGUGCGUUUCAACUACACGUACAUUGCUUCACCACAACAGCUCAACUCAGUUUCUGCAACAUCUGGCCCGAGCACUGGAUGUCAAGCCAUCAAGGUGGAGAUUGGAUACUUCCGGUAUCCCACGGCCAUCGAGAGCUGCAUUGAUGUGCCGUCACAAUGCCUCACAGUGCAAUUCGGGUCGACCAUCCUGGCUGAUGCCCCAGCAGCAACAACGUGUGACAGACUUGCAGGAACCGUCUCAAUAUCAAAACUGUCAUCGCGACUCUCGUGCGUUCUCAACAUCAUCACGCCUGCGACUGCACCGGGGGAGGUUGCAGUUGUCAUGAAAGCGACCGGAUGUGGAGCAAGCUGCCAGCAAAGUCGCUUCAGCUUUUUCCAGCAGGAUAUGAGUGUACUUGGAAUCGUGAAUCCAAUACCCACUCAGGGAAGUGCUCAAAGCGCAUCCUUGUAUGAAGACAUAUACCUUGUGAACUUCCCUUGGGAGACCUACUCUGCCUUGACUGCUGGGGUCAAAGGAAGUGUGACCAUGGCAGCGAGUAUAGACUCUCCUCCAAGCAGGGUUGACGAUAAAGUGACAAGGAUACGUGUCAAGUUGCCCGCGUAUCCAGCUUUAGAGCACGUGCUUGUGUCCAUCAACGUCACAUCAGGAAGCCUCGUAAAAUCUGUCAACUUUGACUAUACCUUCUUCGACGGCUUUGCCUUGAGAAUCCUCAGCAUGAAUCCCGAUGGAGUGCCAGUGUCGACUUCAGUAUUUGGACGAACCCUUGCUUACAGGACGGAGGUCACGUUGCUUCUUGCCAACUGUCCGCAAGACUUGAAAGCUGGUCAGCUCAAUGUCACAGUGAAUGGAUACACAUCACAGGUGGUGUCGCUUUCCAAUGAAGCCACGUGCCAGCCCGGGGUCCCAGACUGCAAUCGGACACGGCUGAAGGUGCUGCUGGCGCCUCUGAGCUCACUGGGCAAUGCGACGGUGAAGCUGAUGGUGUGGAAUGGCUCAGGGGUAAGCAGCUACCUUCGCUCAGUAGCAACGUACCUGCCGUGCAACUAUGAGACAUUUUGUAGUCUGCAGGAGGUUCCAGAUGUGUUGCUGCUGCAAGGCGUGUCUGCUGCACAAUGCGACGCACAAUUCUGCGUGAAGCAAGUAUUGGUUCCAGACGCGUCGAUUCUAUCUGUGAAUCAAACUGUUGGUGUGGCCACUGGAGGGAACAAGGUGCUGGUUGAGUUUAGUAACUUCCCAUCACUUCAACCUGCAGACAUCGAGAUCAUGUUGAGGAUUCCUGACAUCCAGCUGAUUGUUGCGACGGAGAGUUUGAGCCUAGCAAGAGGAUCUAGCCUGCAAGGCUCCACGGGCUCGCUAGUGAUGACGAUUCCUUCCGUGAGAAUCGAUGAGGAUCAGCUUGCAACAGUCACCCUCACGUUGACCUUGGGUUCUGCAAUCAGAACGGCAUCGUUCCAGUAUCAAUAUCUUCGCUUGCUGAGUGGGAACGCAACUGUACGAUCAUUCUCUCCGACAACCAUCAUGCGAACAGAUGAUCUCACUCUACAAGCUGAGCUUGUGAACGUACCUCAGCUCAAGGUCCCUUACAAUGCUUCGUCAAUCCUAUAUAGCUUAGCAUCUUCCUCGCUAAGUCAACAGUCCAUGCCAACCAGCACCAUCUUCGCGUCAAACUCCAAGAGCACGAACCUGCUGAUACGUGUAGCGGCCCCCAAGUCGGGUUGGUCCGUGGGGUUGAUAUCGAUUUCAGUUUGCUAUCGGGCAUCGCUCGAAGUCUGUGCCUUGUACGGACUUGGUGCUAAGGACUGUACUGGAGAAGUGUUAUGCGCUCGAGGAGCGAAGAUGCAAAUCACUGUGCAAGACACUCCUCCUCCGAGACUGAUGCGUUUCUAUCCAACAUCAGGGCCGACGGACGUGAAUACCGCAGUUCAGUUCACGGUUGCUUACCUGAGACCAGGUACUUCGGUGACAGAGCUGAAUGUCAGCCUGCACACCACACAGAAUGAAGUCAAGAUGGUCAGUGUAGUGAGCAUCAGUCUAAAGAACCCAAGCUGCUUGUAUCCGGAGUGUGCAGUGCAUGACGUAGAUAUCCUGAUGCCAGCAUUACAGGGAUACGUAGGGAUAGCGCAGGUCACUGUCACGUAUCAGUACAAGACGGUUUCCUUUGACUUUCAGUACGUUGCGAGCAAUGCUCCCAAGAUUAGGCUCUUCCAACCUUCUUCGCAGUACAUCUGCAAGCAGCCAAGCAGUGUCAGCUGCCAAGCUCAAUCUUCCAGGGCCAGCAUCUUGGUUGAGAACUUUAUGCCUCCAUGUGCCUCUUCGCAAUGCACGGCUGAGCAAGCAGGGAUCAAUAUCACCUUCACCGUGAGAUCGGUUUCUUCGAGUACUGCUAGCGUAGUGCUCGGUGUUGUCAACGGACUGCUUCAGCUCAGCUUUGUUGUCCCUCCCUCGUUUCUACCAGGUGCUUGCAGCGUUGAGAUCGCUAACGGCACCAAGAAGGUGCAAUAUAAUGACUUCGCGUAUCUGAUUCCGCAAGCUCAAGUGGAUCCAGUCGAUUGUCCGGUAGACGGAGGCAUCCAGAUGAACGUGUCAGCCUGGGGGCUGCUGCCCUCACCUGGCAACUUGAGUGUUUCCGUGCAGAGCACGCAGAUAGUAGGAUGGACUCUACGUCAGUACUCCUCGCCCUGGAACUAUGUUUACUUGUCGUAUGUUGCACCGGCAGCUCAAAGCAUUGGAAGUGCGAUAGGGGUAGUAGGGAAUGGUUAUGACCUCUCAUCGGCAAAGUUCUACUUCGACUACGUGAACAGACCUGCGAUCUCAAGCCUUGUACCCAACGUGGCGACGUCACAGGGUAGGACGUACCCGAGCCUAGUGGGAGACCAAGCAUACAUGACAACCCUUACCAUCGUCAACUUCCCCAUCGUAAAGUCUCCAGCAGAGGUGUCGUUGAAGUUCGGGAGCGUCGAAUGCCAGUGUGUGCUGCCGUCCUGCAGCUUGUACUGUGGGAUUGUGCGGCUGACAAGUACAAGUGCCUACACAGAGAUGCAGAUCGUCGUACCUCCGGCAUCUGCUGUGCUGGGAGGCAUGAACUCGGGCCAAACAAGCGUCAGUGUACGGCAGGUGAACACAGGAGCGCUGAGAGGCUUCAUCAGAGAAGCCUCGACGUCUUUCACGUAUUACAAGCCAACUCCAGCCGUGAAGCUCGUGCGCUUCUGUAGGACGUGCAAUCCCGGGAGCAUGUGUAUCGUGAAUGGCGUGUGCGGGAACGGCAAGUCUCCGCAGACAGGGUACGUGACUUGGUCAGACCUCCAGCAGUCGAACGGCAACAUCGUUGAAGUGGCUGUAGAAAACAUCGAAGACUGGAUAGCGGUCAGCAUCGCCAAGGAUGGAACAUUUGUAGGGUCAGCUGGGUUUGUUGUGACCUUCGGAAGCGAUGAAGGCGUGGUGGACGCGAGCAGCGGACUUCGUUCGGUGACGGUGGUUGACGCUCACAGCGCGAUAUUCCAAACGAAGAUCCCGGCGAUUCAAGGGAUCGGCAGCAUUGCCUGUACUGUGUCUCUUCGAACGAGUGAAAGCUCGAUGUUGAGCUGGACGGUGGCCUUCCAGAUGCAGGUGGUCGAUGACAGGAGGGAGCUCAAGUGCGUGUCCAGGUCAUGCGUAGCGUCUGUGACGAACCCGUCGCCGCUGAUAGCGUCUAUCAAGAACAUUCCUCUCACCACCAGGAGCGCGGCUCAAGACCAGCUCGUCAUCAUGAUAGGCUCACUGCGUGCAGACUUUACAGUUGUCUCAUGCAACACUACAAUGGUCAUCAUCUCUGUUAAUCCCCCCGAGUACACAUGCUCAGCUUGCACAGUAUCGGCUGGGUCGUCGACGGUGACAUUUCAAGCGACCAUGAGGUCUGACCCAUCGAUCGUUGCUCGCACAGAUUUUGUGUAUUGGGCCAGCCCGAAGGUGACGCGAGCAAGCUUCGACUCAACCGCAGCCUUCAUCACCGUGACUCUGGAUCAAGCAACCGACGGGCGGUCCCUUAUGCAGGCGUCGGGCUCCUCGUGCGAUGGCUUCGUGGGGAGCGAGGCGGGUCUGCUCGGCCAGACGGCACCGAGAUGCGUGUGGACCACAGAUCAAGCUUUCAACAUCUUCCUCUCUCCCGGCGCCACCGUCUUGCCAAGCUCGCUCAUCACCGUCAGAGGCAUCCGGUCUGUAAAUCAAGUCUCGAUGCCCAUGCUUGCUGCUGUCAGGGUCGAGAAACCUCUUUCUCCUCUGUACCCCUCGGUGCAGAUCAGCGCCCCACAAGAGGUGGACCCUUGCUCGCCUCUCACAGUGCGAGCCCUUGCUAAGAGCGCUCGACAGCUGAGCUACACGUGGCGGUGUCUCAACGACGAUGGGCUGAACACAUUCCUUGCAAGCUUGCUGCCAAGCACGAGCAUCAUACAAUUUGAAGCUGGAGUGGCUGAGAUGGCUUCGACGGGGAAGACAUACACGAUCGGAGUGACAGUGAAGGACUUCUUGGGUUUCUCAAGCAAGGAGGCGGUGACGUCGAUAACCAAGAAAGCCUUCCCUUCCCCUACUGUUGUCUUCACGCCUCAGUCACCCUUAUCAACGUUUGUAGAUCAGGAUGUCACUAUCACUGCAACCGCUGUGUUCUCAUCAUGCCCAGUAGCAAAGAACGACAUGAUCUUUCAGUGGUCGCAAUCUUCCGGCGUUGCCGUGUCUACGAGCUACGUCCCGAGCAGCACGUCGCAGCUCUGGAUACCCAAGUAUGAGCUACAAGCUGGGAACACGUACACGUUUGACGUCAGCGUGAGCCUGCAGGGAGACAGCUCGGUUUCUACGACGGCGAGCUUCACUCUUACAAUAGGGAACCUGCCGCUGAUGGGUGCGAUAGCUGGCGGCGAUCUGAUCCAGAUGUCGGAGGUUUCGGAGCUCCGGUUGGAUGCAAGCAGCUCAAGAGACUUUGACGUGAAGAAAGGCGUUGACCAGGGGCUGACCUACGACUGGAGUUGCUAUUUCUCGGAUGGAACCUUCUCAAUGCCGUGCUUGAACAAGAAUCAGCAACUGCUUGAGCUUCCCAGUGGGGCCCAGCUCGUCGUCCCGGGAGGGUCGCUGACGGACACCGGAGAGCUCUUCUACACGUUCUCGCUGGUAGUGUCCAAGGGAGACAAGACUCCUUCAACGGCCUCGAAGCGCGUGCAAGUCACGAAAGCUUUCGUGCCGGCGGUGAUGCUGACGUCAAACGUACAGACGUACGAUGGUGCCAUGGGCAUCGUCAACCAGGGAGACAAACUCGUGUACGAGGCUUCUUGUCCUUAUCCUUCAGCUCUGUAUGUCUGGACCAUCGCACCCGCCCCCAACGUGGGUUACGACGUAGCGUCGGUGUUCCCCUUCGGACGCAACGGGGCGAUUUUCUUGAUGGAGAGCGGGUCUUCUGCCUUGAGUCAGGGGCUGACGUACAGCAUAGCGGUCGAGUGCUCGGUGAACGGCAGCGUGGGGACAUCGUCGUCGAGCUUCCUGGUCAACACUCCUCCUCAGGGAGGGACAUGCUAUGCCUGCCUGGUGUCAGACUCUGGGAGCUGCACGAAGCAAGGUAGGCCGCUGUUGGACGAGUUCGUCGUUACUUGCGCGAACUGGAUAGACCCAGACACGCCUCUGACGUACGAGUUCGGGUUCUCCUACGUGCAGGACGGGGAGACAAUCACCAAGUGGUUUCAGCCCACGACGCUGCCCUACCUGAUCAUGCGGCUUCCGUCAAGCAGUGCCAUCCAGAUGAACGCGAUUGUGUCGGACGGCAGAGGCGCCUUCACGUCCGUCAUGCAGGAUACCGUCAAGACUGUGACGACGGGGAGAAGGCUGUUACAAGCAGCGAGUGACUGGUCCAGCGUGACGCAGGACAUGAGCGAGAAGGCGCAGACGCAGAACGUAGCAGGACUCAACCAGCUUAUCACUUCGGUAUCACUGGAGCUUGUGGCUCAACUGAAUGCAAAUGUGACGGACUUGUCUCAUUCUCGUACGCUGAUUAUGUACAUGCUGUCGCUGCUGAAGCCCACGUACGGAUCGUAUCCGGCCACUACGGACUUCAUGUCCGAUGCGCUGAGCACUCUUGAGAGCGUAGGGAGCGAGCUGGGCUUGCAGAGCAACACAUCGGUUUCGCAGAUCGUCGAGCAGGUGGAUGGUCUGCUGCAGCGCUAUGCCGGGGAGACAGUGGAAGGGAUCAUGCUGCAUGUGUUGAAAAUCUUCGGUGUCGCCAUGAAAUGGAUGGAGACCGGGUCAUAUACGGACGGUCCCAUCCUAGACCGGGUGACGUCAAACACGGCUGCGGUGACGGAGGGUUUCUCAGUCAGCCUUGCAACAGGUCAAAGCGUGCAGUACGUACAGCAGUACUCGUCACAUCGAUUGGUUGCCGACAACGUGGAGGGGGUUGUGGGAGGCAAGAGCGUAUUGGAUGUGCCUCCAGGGUUGAUGGGCAUGUUUGAGGCGAAGAACGCCUCGUUUCGAUACUCGUCUGGUCAGACGGGAGUGACGGGGCGAGUAACAGUAGGAGCUCACAUGUACGGAGCUGUGAGCGGUCCAGUGAACGGAUCCACUCCACUCACACCGCUGGUAGGAGUUUCCAUGUCAGUGAGCAACCCGAUAUCUCAAGUCUCGAUCGUGAUGCCGGUGAGCCGGACGGCCGUCGUGACUGCGUCACAGUCUGUGCUGGUGGCGAGAUGUGUGCGGUGGAGCAACGGAGGGUUUGAAGACAGCGGGUGCAGUGUAGAAGGGGUGGACCUGACGGCUGGAACGGUGACUUGUCGAUGCUCGGUCGGAGUACCAGGGGCUCGAAGGAGGCUAGCCCAGCAGCCGGCCACGUUCCAAGGUGUAACAGUGAUAGCGGUCGGCGAGUUUCAGACGUACGACUGUGAGUUGAUGAGCAAGAACUGCACUGGAGGACAGUACUUGUCUGGCUGCGGCAACGGGUCCCGGGGAGAGUGCCUGACGUGUUCCACGUGCACGCAGAGCGAGUACAUGCUGACGGACUGCUCGCCCUCCGCGAACCGACGAUGCGCCGCCUGCUCUCAGCUGUACUGCAACCAAGACUACCGCAGAUCAGCGUGCGGCGGGGGAGGCAGAGGUAGCUGUGUCGCAUGCACGAGGUGUGGAGCAAACCAGCGCCAGCUCGUGAGCUGUGGGGAGAACUCGGCGUCGCAAGACGCUGUGUGCAUCGACACGGCUGACGGGACAGCGACUGGGACGAAGUUGCUCGUGCUGACAGGAGCAGUGCGGGUGGGGAGCAGCCUGAAUGAGACUAUGAGAGGAAAGUUCAUAUUGGGGUUGGCGACAGCAGCAGGGGUUAACAGCAGUAGCGUGAACAUCACGUACAUACGGGAGGUGCAUGGAGCUCGUCGGGCACUGGCUGUAGAGUACGAUGUGGGCUAUCAAGUCUUCCUUGAGCUGAACGCGGAAUGGAAGAGCGUGCAAUCUAACCUGGGGUCAGAGAAGCUUCUAGAGGCUCUGAGAGGACAAGGGCUUCAGAAUGUGCAGAUCUUGGAAUAUCCUUCAGUGUCCGUGUACCUUGUUGGAGGUUCUCAAACUGCUUCGACGUCUGGCCCGUAUGUCGAUGGGACAACUGAAGCAGCUACAACCAAGCUAUCCUACGCGCCACAGGAGACCACCUUGCCGCUGUCCACCACGCCCCUUCCACCAACAGCAGAAGGAAAGAUCAGUUCGUCUAUCAAUGUGGUCUUGAUCUGUGUCCUUCCUUGCAUAGCGGGAACGAUGUGCAUGUGCUUUGCUUGUACAUACUGCAGGCGAGGACCGAAAGCUCGCUGCUGGACGUGCAAGAGCGAAGAGUCGCAGCAGGUAGGACAGAGCGCAGCUGAGACCAUCGAGGGCACGGCAGACGCUCAGACUGUUGGAGCUUUGACGAAUUCGGAUGAUGAAAUGCAUCCUUUCUCAGCUCGUCAUAUCUCGUAG